UUUUUUGCCUCAGAAAUUUUAAUUUUAGGCACCUUUAUUACUGAAUGGACCGAUGGAGCUGAAUUAUCCAAGCAAAUGUUUUGCAGCCCAUCGAAAACCCAAGAGCUGGUUGAAAAACUCGUUCAGUUGGCGGCUGUGAAUAGGUUCGAUGGGUGGCUGAUCAACAUCGAAAAUGAGAUCGACGCUGUGUAUAUGGAGAACCUGGUGUACUUUCUGCAAGAGCUAACGCGUCUUUGCAAGGAAACCAUAGGAACCCAUAGCCUAGUGAUCAUGUAUGACAGCAUCAUCAGCAGUGGAAAGUUGGAGUGGCAGAAUGAACUCAAUGCAAGCAACAAAAUUUUUUUCGACAGUUGUGACGGAAUUUUUCUCAAUUACUGUUGGGAUGACGACAACCUCGAAAAAAGUGCCAAGACGGCUGGUGAACGAAAGUCUGACGUGUUUGUGGGAAUCGACGUGUUUGGUCGCAAGACGAAGCAUGGUCCCGGUUUUGAGACAAAGCCUGCCCUUGAAACUGUUCGUCAACGUCAACUUUCUACCGCCCUCUUCGCCGUUGGAUGGACUUAUGAAAGGCUUUCUUUUGAGGAUUUCGAGUAUAGCGAGCAAAGGUAA